AUGAUGUCUCUUAGAAACGUUCUGCCUCCGGCAAAACAACCAACCCCUACGUCAACGUUUUAUGAUCACUCAAACGAUCUGCAACGUUUCAUUGAGCCUGAGUCUAAAAUAUUCUCUGAUAACUCAGUACCUAUUUACCUGAAGCGACAAAGUUUUCGUCCUAGGAAACCUGAGGAUUUUGGAGACGGUGGUGCGUUCCCAGAGAUUCAUGUUUCUCAGUGUCCUCUUGGAAUGGGUAGCGUUGGAACCAAUAAGCAUGGAUCCAAGAUACUGCCUGUUUCUGUGGAUGCACAUGGAAACCUUGUCUUUGACGGCAUUGUGAGGCAGAAUGAGAACUCGAAAAAGAUUGUUUACUCUCAACAUAGUGAUCUCAUUCCGAAGACACUGAAAAACGAGGGAGAUCACGUUGAUGAGGAUGAUGACUUGGAGAAGAAGACAACCGAAGAAACAAAAGCUGCCUUUGAAAAGAUUGUGAAUGCAUCACAGCCUAACAAUGUAGUGAAGCAAUCAGGUGACUCAAAGAUUAUUAAAUAUAAGCCAUCACAGCAAUCUUCUUCAUCAUUCAAUUCCGGUGCUAAAGAGAGGAUCGUUAGGGUUUCAGAGAUGCCUACAGAUCCACUUGAUCCACCAAGGUUUAAGCACAAGCGGGUUCCAGUGGCUUCUGGUUCUGAAAACCCUGUUCCUAAAGGUUACACGAUCCCUCUUGAUAAACGUCUUGCAGCUGAUGGAAGAGCCUUGCAAGAGGCUCAGGUCAAUGAUAAGUUCGCCAAGUUAUCAGAGUCGCUUUAUGUAGCUGAGCAGAUAAGUAGAGAGGCUGUUUCGAUGCGGUCAAAGAUUCAAAGCGAGAUGGUGAUGAAGGAGAAGGAAAGAAAAGAGCAGGAGUUGAGAGAUCUUGCCCUAAAGGCUCGUUCUGAAAGAACUAGUACUGCUGCGAGUGAAAGUGGGAUUGAGAGGGAGAAGAUUCGAGAAGAGCGUCGCAGGGAGAGAGAGAGAGGGAGAGAAGGUUGGAAGGUAAAGAUGCAUCCAUGGGUAAGAAGAGCAAGAUCACAAGGGACAGAGACCGUGACGUGA